AUGAAGGGAUUCUACAUCCAGUACUUGGAAAGUCUUUGUCGGCGUCGUGGGUGGCAGGACCCCAUGUACGAGUGCCACCGUGACUCUCACGGCUUCACCUGCCUGGUUCUGGUCAAUGGCCGUGAGUACCAGACCGAUUUGGCAUACGAGUCAGACAACCUAGCCCAGGAGAACGCAGCCAUGCGUGCCUUUAUGGUUUGCCGGAACUUUUCCGUCAAUGGAGGCAUGUUGGCCCGCAACGGGAUCGUGCAGGGACUCCCAGCCGACGACACCACCCGUAGGCCCAGAAAGGGGAGCCGCCACACUUCCUCUUCCAAUCACUCACACGGCCGCCGAUCUGGACAUCACUCAAGCAGCAGCUCUACUGCUUCGCUAGAAUGA